CGCAUAUUUUCGCACCCCCGCCUCGCAUUUUGGCAAAAAUUUUGUAGGUCAAGGCGUGCAAACGCGAGCCAAGCGGAAAGUGAACCGGUACGAUUUAUAUAUAUGGGGUAGGUUAAAAUCGGCGUCCGUUUGAAUGAAUCCGCCGCCACCGCCGCGGGCCGGCACACCACCUGGCACUUCAUUGUUGUUCUAUCGACCGUCCGGGGUAGACACGGCGCCGCCGCCGCUCAAGCGAUGCACGCGCUCGCAGACCGGUGUGGCACAGUUCCAACGCCGCCCCGGCACUGAACAUGUGCCACUGUUCCGUGCCCGCCUCCAGUUGAGAGUCGUCGACGCCGUCCCUAAGACCAUGGGGAACGGCAUGAACAAGGUUUUGCCCGGUCUCUACGUUGGGAAUUACAGGGACUCCAAGGACUCGUCCCAACUUGCCAAGCACAGCAUCACUCACAUCCUCUCGAUUCACGACACCGCCAAAAAAAUCCACUCGGACAAGCAUUAUUUAUGUGUUAUGGCAGCGGAUACACCGGAUCAAAACCUUACACAGUAUUUUUCGUUGUGCAAUGACUUCAUUCACGCGGCUCGACUGAGAGAUGGAAAUGUUUUAAUUCAUUGUUUGGCGGGAAUGUCGAGAAGUGUGACUGUGGCGGUGGCAUACAUAAUGUCGGUGACAAAUUUGAACUGGAAGGAAGCGCUGAAAGUCGUGCGGGCUGGGAGAGCGGUGGCAAAUCCUAAUCUGGGCUUUCAGAAACAGCUUCAAGAUUUCGAGCUCACAAGGUUGGUGGAGGAACGAAGGAGAUUGAAGGAGCGUUACCCCAGCCUGGCCCUGGUGGGCAGAGACCAAGAGCAGUGCGCCCUGAUGCUGAACAACUACGAAGAACUGCUGCAGUCCCGCACCAUCUGCGAGGGUAGAUGUGCCUUAGGCGAGGAAUGUCCGACCGGAGUGUGCCGCACCGCCACCCAGAGGCGCAGCCGGAGACGCAACAGCAACCGCUCCCAGUCGGAGAUGUCGCGUAGUCCCAGCGUCACCAGCACCUCGAGCACCAAAAGCACGUCCAGCGCCAGACCCAGAUCCGGGCCGGCGGGACUCAGGAGCUAUACAGGUUCGGCGCCGCCCUCCAGGUCCAGUUCGAGGGCGGACAUCUCGAAAUUGGGGGUGAACUUGACGGCUCCCUCGACUCCGCAACCAAGUCCUCCGGUGUCGCCGAAAAGGUUGGGGGGCCGGAUAUCGGUGCCACUCGCCCUCAAGGAAGACGAUCUAGACUCAUAGCCCUCGCCACUAUUACUUAGACUUACUAUUUUGGUAUUUCUAAGCGGUUUUUACACAAGGUUGUUACUAGACUAAGUUUGUUGAUAGAUGUUUACUGGCGCAAUCGUGUUGGGUCAAUUUUUAUUGUAUUUUAUACGGUAUAGUGAUAUGGCAAAGGCAAUAAAUUUAUCUACUUGACUAGUAUUUAAAGCGUGAAGGGAUUGAAGGACGGACAUAUCUUUAGAAGUAAAUUUUGACUCAAUCUCGUUGAAAGUAAUUCGUGCAAUAAAUUUAAAGGGCACAAAAAGUUUCACACCAAAAAAAAAGUAAAACAAAAUUUGCCAGGUGUUUUAUAAGACUUACGACAGAAGUUAUCAUUUCAAACACCUACGCAGUACAAAAUAGAAACUUUUUGUGUCCCAGACUUAAAAUUUCGUAAUUGUUGAAUGGCUGGAACGAAGCUCAAAUUUGUAGGUUUUAAGUGUGUAAAGCUUGAGAGUAAAACGAAGGUAUUUAAAACAGCUUUCCACAUCUUGCGUCCUUUUGUGAUUCGAUGUUUAUAGUAAUCAUGGCUAGUGAAAACCAUUUACAGGAACAAGUAGUUGAUCUCAUCAAUUUGUUCAUGUUUUGCAAAAAUUGUUCAAUUCAAUGAAUUCGCACAAUUAGUUUAAGUGUUUAGGGCGUUAUCUUUUUGUACAUACGAUAAUGCUUGUUGCUUAACAAUAGGCGGUUAAUUAAAAUAAGUUUCAGGUCCUGUUUGUUCGCAUUUACUAAUGCUCAAAUAUAUGGUUUUGCUCAAUUUUGCUUUAGAUGUUAAAUUAAAAUUGGUUUGAAUACAAAUUAUGUUACAAAAAGUACCUGAAUUUAAGAAAAUAUACUUUUAGUACUUGCAAAAUUUUUUGGCAAAUGUCAAUUAUAUUGCACAUAUCAUUUUAACCAUAUCAUUUAUAAUUCAUUAUUUUUGUAGUAAAUGUGAACAAAACAGGUCAUCUAAAUAUGCCUUAAUUGUAAUUACAAAGCAAUUAAACAAGUUAAUUUUAUAUUUACGUCAAACAUAGCGUACCAUUGUCAAGAAUAAAUAAAAUAGUUGUUAAAUUAAAAUAACUGCCGACACUGCCGUCCAUAAGGGAUCGAUAAAAUUAAUUAACGCCUUUUUGGGCGGUUUAAAUUUUUCAGUGUCAGCUAAAAUUCUAGUCUAUUAGUCGAAAAGUAAAUUGAAUUUUAGACAAGAGCUUAUGCUCUAGCUUUUUGGCCAAUAAUUUAUAUGAUGACCUCUAGUAAAAAAAAUCAAAAUAUCCUCAGUGACAAUAGUAAUAGAUAUGGUGAUUGUUUAAAGCAAUAAACUAAGUUUGCAAUUUCAUAUCAAUAUGUGUGUUUUACAUUUUGUUGACAAUGUUUGAAUGUUAUUUUGAUACUUAAUUAGAUCGUUUAUUAAUAUUUCAUGUGAUUGUUAACAAAAAAGUCGAUGGUUUGGGCUGGAUCAAUUUAAUACAAUCUAAUGUUAAUAUUAUUAUAUAAGUGUGUGUGUACCAUGCACCUAAAAUAACUUAUGUUACUUCUAAAAAAAAUUAUAAAAUAUAUACAAAUAUAAAACUAAUCAUUAAUUAACGGUUAAUAGUUCUUAAAAUCAUUAGAAGAGAAAAAUGUUAAAAAUCAAAUUGGACAAUCGAAGCUUAAACAAAGUACGACAUUUAGACAUUUACUAUUCUAAAUAUCGUAGUUUAAAUGCAUCAGUUAAAAACAUAUCAUAGAUCCAGUACAAAUCAUGUACCAUAAUUGCGUCUAAAUAUUAUAAAUAAAUGUCAUUCAUUUUAUAUUAAAUGUAUGUACAAGCUCAUUAGUGCACCAUAAAAGCCAAGUUGAAGUUAAUAAUUAUGGUUGUUUUAAUACAUUAUAUGAUGUAUUAUAUAGAAAAUGCAAUAACUCGUUGUGCAAUGUCCUUUGUAUGCACAAACUAUUUUAUAUAGUGAAUUUUAGGCUACGAAAGACCAAAUAGAGGCUACCUGUUGAUUUUGCUAGCUUGCUACCACCUAGCAUUUUAAUGUUGUUUUAUUUAUAAAAAAAUGUUUAUAAAAUAUGUAAAAGUAGAUAUUUUUGAUGAAGAGUACCUAAUCAUGUGGAUCAUGCACAUAAAUCAAAGAUUUGAAACAGCCAACGAUAUUACUAAAACAAAAAUUUAAUAUGAUCCAUUAUUUUGUACGAUUACUAUAGUAUUUAAAAUGUUAUAAACUUUAAAAUCUAUUUAUACAAGCUCUUGGAAGAGUUGGAGGUAUAGUUACUGCCAAGUUGUACAAAAAAUUAUUGUGAUAUGUGGAUGGAGGGAUAAUUGAAUAAGAUUGCUUGGCGGUGUUUAAAUUUUCAACUUUUCACACACAUGCUUAAAUUUGUGUUGGAUGUAUUUCAUAUUUAUACAUUUUUCACUUUUAAUUUUGUAUCCUCCUGUUACAUAGAUUUUUGUAAAUUAUUUACCAUUUAAUUUUUGUACAUUUUUUCUCGUUGUAUAUUUUUAUAAAUAUUUAUUGCCGAUAUUCCAAUAAAAAUGCGUAUCAUUGCGA